GGUUCCCGCAAAGCUCCAGGUCUCGUUUGGGCGGCAGCGUAGGAGGGCUUCUCGGUUGGGUCCUCGGAUGCCGCGUAGUCCGCCUGACCCUUCUCUCAUCGAGGUCUCCACCUCUGCCUGCCCUCGGUGUUUCUGUCACGUCGUGUGUGUAUAGAGUGCCACUUCUAUCCCGGCAAGCCAGCUAGGUCUAAAGUCUGUCCCAGGCCUGCUUGUGGAGUCCCAGGAUCAUGGACCUGUUGUUUGGGCGCCGGAAGACUCCAGAGGAACUGCUUCGACAAAAUCAGAGGGCUCUGAACCGAGCCAUGAGGGAGCUGGACAGGGAGCGGCAGAAGCUAGAAACCCAGGAAAAGAAAAUUAUUGCAGACAUCAAAAAGAUGGCAAAGCAAGGCCAGAUGGAUGCUGUUCGGAUCAUGGCAAAAGACCUGGUGCGUACCCGGCGAUAUGUGCGCAAGUUUGUGUUGAUGCGUGCCAACAUCCAGGCUGUGUCCCUCAAGAUACAGACUCUAAAAUCCAACAACUCAAUGGCACAAGCCAUGAAGGGCGUUACUAAGGCUAUGGGCACCAUGAACAGACAGCUUAAAUUACCCCAGAUUCAGAAGAUCAUGAUGGAGUUUGAACGGCAAGCAGAGAUCAUGGACAUGAAGGAAGAAAUGAUGAAUGAUGCCAUUGAUGAUGCAAUGGGUGAUGAGGAAGAUGAAGAGGAGAGUGAUGCUGUUGUGUCCCAGGUGCUGGAUGAGCUCGGACUGAGCCUCACAGAUGAGCUGUCAAACCUUCCCUCCACCGGUGGCUCACUCAGUGUGGCUGCUGGUGGAAAGAAAGCAGAGGCCGCAGCCUCAGCCCUAGCUGAUGCAGAUGCAGACCUGGAAGAGAGGCUCAAGAACCUUCGCAGGGACUGAACAACUCCCCUCCUGGACUCUUCACCCUGUCCCCUCUGUAAUAAAGAAACUUGGACACAAA